CGCCGCACCGGAAGCUUGAACCUUGCGGUGUGGGGGGGGCUGGAGGCGCUGCCGGUCACCGCGCUCAACGCCUUCCUGCUGCCCGCCCCGGCCGCCGCCGGCUCCGAGGCCAUGCUGCGGGCGUGUCAGCGAGCGGGCGUCGCCGUGGCCGCGCAGAACAGCCGGUGCCAGAGGGCAUCACUCCGUCCAUUACAGCUGUACCGUGGAUAUGCCACCUCCUCAGGAGAGUCUGGUGUUUCUGUAGGUAAAAUCAUUGGUGCUGGUAUCCUGUUUGUGGGUGGAGGCGUGGGGGGGACCGUCCUGUACGCCAGCUAUGAUUCCCAAUUCCGGGAGAGCGUCGAGAAGGCCAUUCCCUACUCAGAUAAACUCUUUGAGAUGGCACUUGGUCCUGCACCUUACAGCACACCGCUGCCAAAGAAACCAAUACAGCAAGGUCCACUGAAGAUCUCAUCUGUAGCAGAAGUAAUGAAAGAGUCCAAACAGCCUGCUAAAUCCCACAUCAGCAAAACAGAGGUUGCUGCUCCUUCAGAGGAAAAAGAAGCAGGCAAGGCUGCAGCACAGAUCAUCUCUGCAACAGGGGUAGCUGUGUCCGUGCCAGCUCCUGGGAUACAGACUGAAGAAGGCAAAGUACAUGAAGGUUUCCAUGCUAUAAAAGAACGGUCACCAGAAGAAGUUGCAGCCCGGCUUGCCCAGCAAGACAAAGAGGAGCAAGAGAAGAUAUCAGCCCUUGCAGCAACUCUUGAAGGAGCUCUAAGUGCAACAGCUCGUGUAACCCUUCAGGCCAUUACUGCCCAGGAGUCUGCUGUGCAAGCAGUGAAUGCCCAUUCCCAGAUACUGAAGGAGGCCAUGGACAAUUCUGAGGAUGCUGGGGAGAAAAAGUCCUCUCAAUGGCGCACGCUGGAGGAAGCACUGAAGGAUCGGAGGAGAGCUGUGGAUGAAGCUGCUGAUGCCCUUCUAAAAGCCAAAGAGGAGUUAGAGAAGACGAAAGGUGUAAUCGAGGAUGCCAAGAAGUCUCAGAUUGCAGGAGCCAAAUCUCACAUUACCUCUGCAGAAGAAAACCUUCGUCAUAUGAUAGUUGACUUGGACAAUGUGGUGAAAAAGGUUCAGGCAGCACAAUCUGAGGCCAAGAUUGUAGCUCAGUAUCAUGAGCUUGUGACAACAGCUAGAGAAGAGUUUCAGCGAGAGCUUGACAGCAUCACCCCUGAUGUUAAGCCUGGCUGGAAGGGGCUAAAGAUAACUGACUUAGCUGACCAGUUAUCAACAGACGACUUGAACUCUCUCAUUGCACAUGCCCAUCGCCGCAUCGACCAGUUGAACAAGCAGCUGGCAGAGCAGCGGGUAAGGGAGCAGCAGCACAUCGAGCUGGCCCUGGAGAAGCAGAAACUUGAAGAUAAAAAAUCAUUUGAGGCAGCUGUGGCCAAAGCGCUGGAGCAUCACAAGAGUGAGAUUGAACUGGAACAGGAGAGGAAGAUCGAAGAAGUGCGCGAGGUGAUGGAGGGUGAAAUGCGGACACAGCUCCGGCGGCAGGCGGCUGCGCACACAGACCACAUCAGGGACGUUCUGAGGAUCCAGGAGCAGGACCUGAAGGUGGAAUUUGAGCAGAACUUAGCAGAGAAACUCAGUGAACAAGAAAUACAGUUCAGACGCCUUAAUCAGGAGCAGCUCGACAACUUCACCAUGGACAUCAACACUGCCUUCGCCAGGCUGAAGGGAAUUGAGCAAGCAGUCGAGAGUCACGCAGUGGCAGAGGAGGAGGCCAGGAAGGCCCAUCAGCUGUGGCUCUCUGUGGAAGCACUCAAAUACUGCAUGAAAACAGCCUCUGGGGACAGUCCCACAGAACCCCUGGAGAGCGCAGUGAAGGCCAUCAAAGCCAGUUGUGCUGACAACGCGUUCACCGAAGCCUUAACAGCAGCUCUCCCGCAGGAGUCCCUGACUCGGGGAGUCUACAGUGAAGAGGCCCUCAGAGCGCGCUUCCACACGGUCCAAAAACUGGCCAAACGGGUGGCUAUGAUCGAUGAGACCAGAAACAGCUUGUACCAGUACUUCCUGUCCUACCUGCAGUCCCUGCUUGUCUUUCACCCUCAGCAGCUGAAGCCGCCUGCAGAGCUCAGCCCCGACGACCUCGACACCUUCAAGUUACUGUCUUACGCUUCCUACUGCAUCGAGCAUGGAGACCUGGAGCUGGCGGCCAAGUUUGUCAACCAGCUGAGAGGGGAGUCACGGAGGGUGGCCCAUGACUGGCUCACCGAGGCUCGCAUGACCCUGGAAACAAAGCAGAUCGUGGAGAUCUUGACAGCGUACGCCAGCGCCGUGGGGCUGGGAACAACUCAAGUGCAGUGAGGCAGGAUUGUGGCGUUGGAGGUGGUUCCGUGGUGGAAUGUGCUGGGAAGAAAUGGCAUCGUCUCCUAAGGGUUGCAAAGCAAGCCGCUGGCAGGGGCUGGAGGUGUGAAAUCAGAGCACGGGUGCAGGCUCUGUUUCCUUGCACUGUAUUUAACUUCACAACCUGGUGUAUUUUUCUCCGUUUGGAGUUGUUUCCUGACACCCAGCUUCAGGAAGCUUCUCUGCAAUUGGUGUAAGAGUUUUGUUUCUUCCCCAUCUUACCAAGCAGGCUUGUGGUCAACCAAAAAAAUGUUUGUAACCUGCCAUUAACUAUUUGCCACUUUGUCAGCUCAAUAAAACCAGACUUCCAACGACUUUC